UCCGGAAGCGUGAUGGCCGCCGGUUGAACGGAAGUCUUCCUGUUCUCCCACUGUGGUUGUUGUCCGGACUCUGAACUGAGGAUAAAACAAUAACAAAGAGCCAGAGUUGAGUGUGAGGAUGAGUGAGGAACAUUACCUGGAGCUCUGUGAGAACCCGGUGCAGUUUGAACAUGCCUCCAGCGUCAACAACGUCUUCUUCGACGAGGCGAACAAGCAGGUGUUCGCCGUGCGUUCAGGUGGAGCCACAGGUGUGGUGGUCAAAGGCCCGGAAGACAAGAGCAGUGUUGCCUUCAGAAUGGACGACAAAGGAGAAGUGAAGUGCAUCAAGUUCUCCAUUGGAAAUAAAAUCUUGGCAGUUCAGAGAACUUCAAAAUCUGUGGAUUUCAUCAACUUCAUACCCGACUAUCCACACACAGAGUUCACCCAGGAAUGCAAGACGAAGAACGCUAAUGUUUUGGGUUUCUGUUGGACCAACUGGAAUGAGAUCGUCUUCGUCACUGACCAGGGAAUAGAGUUCUACCAGGUGUUUCCAGACAAGCGCAGUCUGAAGCUGCUGAAGAGUCAGAGCAUUAAUGUGAACUGGUACCAGUACUGUCCAGAGACGGCCGUCAUCCUGCUGUCCACCACUGUGCAGGGAAACAUCCUGCAGCCCUUCGCCUUCAGGAAUGGGACCAUGUCCAAGAUGUACAAGUUUGAAAUCGAGCUGCCGGUCGUCCCCAAACCUGCAAAACUCACUCUGUCGGAGAGAGACAUCGCCAUGGCACCCAUUUAUGGUCAGCUGUUUGUGAUGUAUCUGAAGCAUCACUCGAGAACAGCCAACAGUCCCAGUGCAGAAGUGGUGCUGUAUCACUUACCAAGGGAGGCUGCCAGUAAGAAGACUCACGUGUUAAAGCUGAACACGACGGGGAAGUUUGCUCUGAACAUCGUGGACAACCUGGUGGUGGUUCAUCACCAGAGCUCCCAGACGUCGCUGAUCUUCGACAUCAAGCUGAAGGAUCCAGACUCUGCUGUCAACACACACCAGCCUGUCCUACCUGCCCGGUCCAUACACCCCUACAGGAUACCACUGUCAGGUCCAGCCGUUGUUCCCUCCCAGCCUCCAGUACCAUGUCAGCUCUACUCUUCCUCCUGGAGCGUCUUCCAGCCUGACAUCAUCAUCAGCGCCAGUGAAGGUUACCUGUGGUACCUGCAGGUGAAGCUGCCUCCAACUGUCAACCUGCUGCAGGACAAAGGCAAAUUGAUGGACUUCCUGUUACGACGGAGAGACUGCAAGAUGGUCAUCCUGUCUGUCUGCUCACAGAUUCUGGAGGGCGGGGAGAAGGGGAGUCUUCCUGUUGUGGCGACGGUCUUCGACAAACUCAACCAGGUGUAUAAAGAAUACCUGGAGGCAGAGCAGACCUACACUGUGGCGAUGGAAUCCGGUCCGAGUCGAGGCAGCGCGGCCCAGAAGCGUCCAGUCAGAACUCAGGCAGUCAUCGACCAAUCAGACAUGUACACACACGUCCUAUCAUCGUUCACAGAGAGGAAGGGUGUCUCCCAUAAAUUCAUCAUUGCGGUGCUGAUGGAGUACAUCCGCUCUCUCAACCAGUUCCAGAUCACCGUACAGCAUUACUUGUAUGAGUUGGUGAUCAAGACGUUGGUGCAACACAACCUCUUCUACAUGCUGCACCAGUUCCUGCAGUAUCACGUCCUCAGCGACUCCAAACCGCUGGCCUGUUUACUUCUGUCCCUGGAGAGUACGUAUCCUCCUGCACACCAGCUGUCUCUGGACAUGUUGAAGCGUCUCUCCACCGCCAACGAUGAGAUUGUCGAGGUUCUGUUGUCGAAGCAGCAGGUUCUGGGCGCGCUCAGAUUCAUCCGCAGUGUCGGCGGCCAUGACAACGUGUCGGCCAGGAAGUUUCUGGAUGCAGCACAGCAGACCGGAGACCAGAUGUUGUUCUACACCGUGUUCAGGUCGUUCCAGCAGAGAAACCAGCGGCUGAGAGGAAGCCCCAGCUUCAACCCCGGAGAGCACUGUGAGGAGCAUGUGGUUCACUUCAAGCAGCUGUUUGGGGAUCAGGCUCUGAUGAAACCCUCCACUGUGUGAACCAUCAGGACCAAAACACACACUUACUGUAAACUGGAUCACAGCAGACCGGUUGGACUUAGUCUCAGUCACUUUGGACACGCAAGAAGUUCAGGAGACGAAUUGAUGGGGUGAUGAACCAACACGGGGAACAGAUCAUUAUGGUUUAAAUGGACACUCGUUUCUCUUCAACAUCAUUCUAAUUAUCCUGCUUAUUUGCACAAAUAAACAUCAUAUCCUUGUUUCAGGAUGGCCUGUACUAUGGCAUAUGAACACCUGAUCCAGAUUACUAGUCUCAUCUGCAGGUUUGUCUCCUUGACUUGAAGCAUACAAGAAAAAUUAAAACAUAAAUAAAUAAUAAGUCUAACUGGCAUUACAAUUAUAUUUGAGUAAAAAAAUCUGAUUUAUGAAAUAUUUUUAUAAUAACCUAAAUUGACAUUUUGAUAAGGUUCCCUUAAACCAUUUCAUGUCCUCAUUAAAAAAGUAAUGGCAAAAAAAACUGUUUUCAUUUCCCUAGGGCAAUAACAACAUUUAUUUUUUUAACAGACUCAAUCAUUUUUAAAUGUAGUGCUUCAUGGUAAAAGUAUCAAAAAACAUUAAAUGCCCCAAAACUUUAGGAAACGUCAAAUAUAAUGCUACCAUUUUGCAGAAAUAAAACCUGUACUGUUAUAAUGCUAGUAAUAUGUUAAAAUACCAAUAUGUCUAUUUACAGUACUUUGAAAACAUCUCAGAAAUGGUAACAAAUCACAUUGAUAAAAAUUUUAAUAAUUUUAAAAUCAAAUAAAAAUCCUUCAGAUUUAAUAAUAGUGUUUACUGGUGAAAUCUGUAACUUCAGGUCAUCAUCACUCGCUUGUUGCUGUGACGCUUAAAGGCUGUCAGGCGGCGCACACUAAUGUCACCUGUUGUGGGCGGGGCCAGAGGCUGUAGCUGUAAAAGUGUUUUGGGAUCUCUGUAUCAAAAUUUUGUGCAUAUGAGGGUAACGGUGAAUUUAAUGUCUUUAUUUUGUAAAGAAUGAAUCAUUAUGUCAACUGAAAUGUAUUAAGUAAAGAAAUGUUUAAAUUGGAUUGUUGGAUGAUAUUAAAAAUUUAAAAUGAUA